ACAACCCCCCCCCUCUGUUUCCCCCCUUUUCUUGAAGGGUUGUAGGAUAACAAGGAAAAGGGGAAACGGCUCUUGAUCGGGGAGCCUUUUAUUUCAUUCGCUGCCGCCACCACCCCUUGCUUUUUAGUGACCAUUCAUCUUGGGGGAUUUAUUUGCGGAAAAUAACCAACUAAGAGAACCAAGCCAACUUGGAAAGAGGAGACCCCCGCCUUGCUCUCUCUCCCAUCCGCCCCAACGUUGUUCGUGGGUUUCCAGUGUAAGGAUUGCUCUCUGGGUUUGCCUUUUUUUUCUUUUUUUUUUUUUUGUCUCCGUGGCCAAUAUCCAAAGGAACUCUGGAAUUAGAAAGAAGCCGACCGCCGAUCGUAUGUGUGUCUGCGUGAUACCCAGCUGCAUCUGUUUCACACGGCGCCGAGAAGAAUUCAGGCGGCGUGCAGAAAAUAUACUGCCAAAUUAAGAACUGUGCUUCUUGAGUGUCUCUCAAAAUGUUUCCCUGCUUGAAGGAGGAGGAUGAAAAAAAUGUUGCUUUAGGUAAGCAAUAACUGGACCAGGGCGUUCUAGCUAGAGGUUCAUCUUUUGCCCCUGUCUCAAUGGAUUCCAAAUCUUCAAAGAGAGACCCCAAAGCGAACAUUCACUGACACACAGGAGAAGAGAUCUGAGCAGCAUGACUGAUUCAUUUUACAUUAGAUAUAUUUCAAGAAGCUACAAUAUGCUGCCCUGAAGGAAUCUAUCACCCAUAACAAGUCGGGAUUAUCAUGGUCGAACAGUCCAUUUUGCUUUCAACCAAAAGUGGCCAAAAGCUUUGCAUGUUUGGCAGCAAGGACUGGACUUUUGGAGAAAGUGUAACAGGUUAGCACAUUUCCAAGAAAAACCUUUGCCAGUAUCUACCAUCUUAAUUUUUGAGAACGCCAAAGGCCUGUGACGGAGGAUUAGACAACAUUAGUGGAGUCAUGCUUCACACAGCCGUAUCUUGCUGGCAGCCAUUUCUAAGUCUGGCUGUGCUGCUACUUUUCAUAGGAUCCACCCUAGGUUGCCCAGCUCGUUGUGAAUGCUCAGCACAGAAUAAGUCUGUCAGUUGUCAUCGGAGGCGCCUGAUUGCCAUCCCGGAGGGCAUCCCCAUAGAGACUAAAAUCUUGGAUCUUAGCAAGAACAGGCUAAAAAACGUCAAUCCGGAGGAGUUCACAGCUUUCCCUUUGCUUGAAGAGAUAGAUCUCAGCGACAACAUCGUGGCCAAUGUUGAGCCUGGGGCCUUUAACAGCCUGUUUAAUUUGCGCUCUUUGCGACUGAAAGGGAAUCGUCUAAAGCUGGUCCCUUUAGGGGUCUUCACUGGCUUGUCAAACUUAACAAAGCUGGAUAUUAGUGAGAACAAGAUUGUCAUCCUGCUGGAUUACAUGUUCCAGGAUCUGCACAACCUCAAAUCCCUUGAGGUUGGGGAUAAUGAUCUGGUUUACAUCUCCCACCGGGCCUUUAAUGGAUUGCUUAGUCUGGAGCACCUCACUCUGGAAAAAUGCAACCUAACAGCUGUACCAACAGAGGCCCUUUCCUACCUUCACAACCUCAUCAGCCUGCACCUGAGACAUCUCAAUAUCAACCUGUUGCCUGCAUAUGCCUUUAAGAGAUUGUUCCACCUGAAAAACCUAGAAAUAGAUUAUUGGCCUAUGCUUGACACAAUCCCUCCCAACAGUCUUUAUGGCCUGAACCUCACUUCUCUCUCCAUUACCAAUACCAAUUUGUCCACCAUCCCUUAUUCUGCUCUGAAGCAUCUGGUUUACCUGACCCACCUGAAUCUUUCCUACAAUCCCAUAAGCACAAUCGAAUCGGGCAUGCUUGCAGAUGUGCUGCGCCUGCAAGAGUUGCACAUAGUGGGGGCCCAGCUGCACACCGUUGAACCUCAUGCUUUCCAAGGCCUUCGAUUCCUCCGCGUGUUGAACGUGUCCCAAAACCUAUUGGAAACUCUGGAGGAGAAUGUGUUCCAUUCCGUCAAAUCCCUGGAAGUUCUCUGUAUAAGCAACAAUCCCCUGGCUUGUGACUGCCGCUUGCUCUGGAUCUUACAAAGGCAGCCCAUGCUGCAGUUUGGUGGCCAGCAACCAAUGUGUGCCGGCCCAGACAGUGUCAAAGAGAGGCCAUUUAAAGACUUCCAUAGCACGGCCCUUUCUUUCUACUUCACUUGCAAGAAGCCCAGGAUCUAUGAAAAGAAGCUGCAGUACUUGGUGGUUGAAGAAGGGCAGACAGUGCAGUUCUUGUGUCAUGCAGAAGGAGAUCCCCAGCCAACUAUUGCCUGGUUGACACCGCGACGGAGACUGGUCACCGCAAAAUCCAGCGGGAGAGCAACAGUGCUUGGAGAUGGUACACUUGAGAUCCGGUUUGCUCAAGAUCAAGAUAGUGGGGUUUAUGUUUGUGUGGCCAGCAAUGCUGCUGGGAAUGACACCUCCUCAGCCACCCUCACCGUCAAGGGGUUUGCCUCAGAUCGUUUUCUUUACGCCAACAGGACUCCUAUGUACAUGACAGAUUCCAAUGACACCAGUUCCAAUGGAACCAAUGUGAAUACAUUUGCUCUGGACCUUAAGACAAUACUGGUGUCGACGGCCAUGGGCUGUUUCACAUUCCUUGGGGUUGUUUUAUUUUGUUUCUUACUACUUUUUGUGUGGAGCCGUGGGAAAGGCAAGCAUAAAACCAGCAUCGACCUUGAGUACGUCCCCCGUAAAAACAAUGGCGCAGUGGUGGAAGGGGAGGUUUCAGGACCACGCAGGUUCAAUAUGAAAAUGAUUUGAUGGUUGUGCUCUAGCAUUAUUAAUUUUGCCCUUUUCCUUCUUCUGUGGCAUUUGAACCAAUUUUCAACACACUUGGCAAAAUAAGGAGGCCAGGCUGGAGGCGGCUCCACUUGGCUGCCACCGUGUCAAGCGGUAGAUGGAAAUCAAAAAGACUGUCUGAGAUUGUACAGCAGAGCCUCGUGUUUUGAGGCGGCGUGAGUGAGUGAGAGGGCUUUUUCCUUUUUUUUCUUUUUCUUUUUUUGCAGAGUUUGGCAAACAGCACUAAUUGUUUGCAUUGCAAAUUUUAUGGCAUUCUGGGGAUUUCAGUAACAAACGGUCAGCUCAUGGAUACUUGUUGGAAACGUUUUUACCACUACAAAGCAAACAAAAAAAAAACCUCCUACUACAGUAUAGGAUUUCAUGUUUUAAAUGUGAGAAAGAGAAAGAGAGAGAGACAUUUGUUUACAAUCUACUCUGCAGUAAAAUUUGUAUCUAUAGCUCAUUUGCUAAAUCCUUGCAUCCUUACUUUCUAGUUGGUUCAAGGCCGCAAAAAUUAAUGCAUUGCUGUAAUAUCUGUAUGUGUGUAUGUAUGUAUUACAGUAAUACAUACAUAGUUUAAAGCAAUACAGAUGAGAGAUUUUGUUCCAUCCACAGUGACUGACCCAGGUGUGAUAUCCCUCUUCCCAAAUUUCUAGUCAAAUUUUAAAAUUGGACUUCUGAAACAGUUAGAGACGAUGGUGUCUUGAGAUUUGAAUUUACAUCCAAGACGCGAAGGAAAUCCUCAAAGCAGGCAGAAUUUGUGUUGAUUCUCUUCAUAGAAAGAAAAGGCACAGGCUUAAUUUUAAUACAAAAUGGAUUUUAAAAACAUAUAUGUGGGAUCAGACUAGAACAGUUUACUGUAAAAAGGUGGAGGUCUAACCUUGUCCGCUUUUGGAGACAUAAAAUCGGGCGGAUCACACACAAAGGACAGUCUCUUUUAUUUUUAUCCUGCCCUGCCAAAUACACCUCCAUCCCCCACCAUCGCCACAUCUGUUUCAAUUUCUGGCCUAUCAUUUAGAAAAUGUGAACCUGUCCUAGGAAAAUGAAACUAGGGCACCACAUUCUGCCACUUGCUUAGGAAAAAGCUAUCAGUGUUGCAUUUAGGGAAACAAUUUAAAAAAAACAAAAAGACGUACAAAAGAUUUGGGGGAUAGAAGUAGAUCCUCCCCGAUGCCAAACAAUUAAAUUUGGUGCAAGAAGAGGCGAUGCCACUCACCCGUAUUGGUUUUCCUUCAGGCCACAUUAUUGCCAAACUGAGAGCCCCUGUCAGUUUUGUAUUUAUUGCUGGUGGAGGCUGAGCAACAGAGUUCUCCUGCUGUGUCUUCUUCAUGCAAAGAUGCCUUGGCUACAUGAACCAGUAAGAAAACCCAGAGAGAUACCAUUUGUGUUUUCAAUAUAGUGAGAAAGCAAAGAAUUGAGAGCAGGGAAGCAAGUCUCUUUUGGGUUAUGUAAAACACAACCCUAUGAAUUUUAAGAGCAUUUUGCUUUUUCACUUAAUUCCUCGCAACACAUAUAGGAGAAUCCUAUGGCCAGUAUGACUAAGCACCUGCUAAGGAAAGUGAUGCAUGCCUUUGGCAUCAGUGCAGAGGUAGGGAAGCAUUUGCCUUCAAGAUAUUGGGAUAUCUCCCACAAUUUCUUGCAGGGAACACACUAAUUAGAAUUGAUGGAAGGCAGCCCAAAGACAGAAAGAACAAAGUUGCCCGUCCAGUUAUAAACUCCAUUCAGUGGAGUAUAAUGGGAAUAUAGAAUGGGUUCAUUUGUGUGUGUGUGUGUAUGUGUGUAUGUGUGUAUAGAGAGGGGGGGGGGAGAGAGAAACAAUUUUCCCAAGGAACAAACAUCUUUGCUGUUUGAUAUUGAUGAAGAACAUGGUUGCCAUUGCUGAAAAGAAUUGUUGAAGAACAUGGUUGCCAUUGCUGAAGAGAAGAAACGUUCAGGGUAAGCUGGUGGUUGAGAAAUUAGACUAUGCAGAAGGGGCCGUGUCCUCAGUGCCACUAAACAUUCCUUCGGGAAACUGCCACGUGUGGUACAGGUUUGUGAUAUUUUCUCUUCCCUGCCACAAGUUCAAAGGCAAACAAGCAAA